GCAGAGCGAGUAGAAACGCUAUUGCCGUUUAAAAGAUGUGCGGAAAAAUAUUUCAGGGAAACGUAGUCUGCAAGCAAUAUAGCUAGCUACGGCAAUUCAGAUUAUAUAAAAACAAGAGAAUAGCUAUGUAUUCAGGUAAAUGCUAGAAUUAGGCAUACGGUAAUAUACAUUAGUUAUGGUUAGCUAGCUAUGAGAAUUGUUAUUUAGCUGACGUUAGAUGAUCUCGAACGUGGGCUAGCCACACGAGAAUGAUAGCGCCUAGCUGGGUCUGGAUAAUUGGCAGUGACUCGGCGGUUGCUUUUUGGCGACCUAGUUAGUUGCAGGUUACAUGUAGAAUGAUUUGGUAUGUCAAGUUAGCUAGAUUGUUUUGAAUGAGAAGGGCAUACGCAAAGAAUUGUUGGCAAUUUAAAAGGAAGGGGACGUGCGGACGUGGGCUACGAUAACUAAUUUUGCUGUUAUGCUGAUGCGUUAUAUUCAAGAGGGAUAAUAAUAGCUAAGCAUAGACCUGCAAGUUGGUACAGUAUGUGUUGAAAGUUUAAGAAGGCACAGUAAAAGUAAUUUGAAAGGUGAAAGAUGAAGGUAAUGGAAAGAAAUGUGAUGCGUCUGGCUAUUGUGCAACACCUUCGUACUGCUUAUGGGAUAAAGACUAAGAAUUGGAACAAAAACAAAGCACGCACCAGCUGCAAGUUGACACCUAACAACAAGGUGAAAGUGUUUGGCGUACCACUGGAGAGCCUUCUGCAGUACAAUGUGGAGAAUGGGAGCAUACCAUGCUUUCUCAUGGAUGCAUGUGCAAGUCUGCUGGAGCAUGUGGAUACAGAGGGCUUGUUCAGAAAGUCUGGCUCCAUUGUUCGUCUGAAAGCACUCCGGGUGAAGUUGGAUAACGGUGAGAGGUGCCUGUCCACUGCCCUGCCGUGUGAUGUGGCUGGCUUGGUCAAGCAGUUCUUUAGGGAGCUGCCGGAUCCUGUUAUGCCUACAGAGCUGCAUAAUGCCUUCCUCAAGGCCCAGCAGCUGCCCACAAAGGAGGACAGGACCUAUGCCACCCUGCUGCUCUCUUGUGUACUGCCUGACCGGAACAUGAGCAUUCUACGUUACUUUUUUGGCUUCCUCAACAAAGUCUCUCAAAGGAGUGGUGUGAAUAAGAUGGACAGCAGUAACCUGUCUGUGAUCCUGGCUCCCAACCUCUUACACGCUGGAGACGGGGCAGACAAGAUGAACGCCAGCACAGAGAAACGCCUCAAGCAACAGGCAGCUGUGGUCCACUGCCUUAUAGAACACGCUUCAGACUUCGGUGUGGUACCUCAGUUCAUCAUGGAGAAGAUUCCAGCCAUGCUGGGCUGUGAGGCAGGUGUUCUGUCCCCUACUCUUGAGCGACUAGAGGACUUGGACUCAAAUUCAGGGGCCAAGAGGAGAUGCAGGCGCAGUCUAGGGGAUAUGGUCAAUGGAACUCUGAAUAAGUUAAAAACAAAUAGAACACCCACAAAUACUGCCCAGUCAGACAGAUAUGUCUUUUCUUCUGCAACUCCUGUGAUAAUUACUCCCAGCUCCAAGAGAGAAAUUCCUUUGGAAUCUGGUCAUAGUUAUGGAUUCUCCAACAAGAAACGGAGAUCCAUCAAAAAGAACCUUGGUUUAGAAUUAUUGCCUAAUACUCUGUUCGGUGGAAGCUCCACUCCUGGACCAGGAUACCUUGACCCAAGUGCCUCAAAAUCACUCGACUCCUCCCAUAAUGCUUUGGCCUCAGUUGGGAGGUCCAGCGGGCAGUCUGCCAGCUCUGCAAGGAGAAAGAGCAAACGACUGAGUCACCGACAUUUUGUCGACAGAGUAGAGUCGGGGAAGGCUGGUUGCUUCUCUCCCAAGGUCGCUAAGAAAGAAAAUGUUCGCAAGUCCCUGCGCCUUCGCUUCAACCUGGGCAAGAGCAGCAGAGACCCUAGAGGGUGUUCAGAGUUCAUUGGUUGGCGACUUGCCACUCCAGAGAGCACCACCAGUUUUUGCUUCACCAAAGACGCCAAAUUUAGCCCUGCUGUUUUGCGAAACAAGAGUGCCUCAAAGGGCUCCAAGUUAUACAGUAAGUCAGAGGACAACCUGCUAACCCCCCAGUGUGACGGCAGUGCCCUCCGGACAUCUUGGAGUGGGGAGACCCCUGACAAGGGCCAUGUCUUCAGCGGAGGCUCCUUCACCGACACCCCCAUUAACAUGUGUCUGAAGAACAACUACUACUCCGAGCCUGCCAUCGUGAUGGCCAAGCCCCCCAUGGUGGCCAGCUUCCCCAAGAAGCUGUGCUGUUCCUCCAGAGCAGAGAGCCUCGAGAGUGAGGGCUCAUUCAGCAAGACUCUGACCAGGCCCACCCUGCUCAAGAUCAAAAGAGCCUUCACUGAUUCCGGCAGCGACCUACAGGGAGUACUGAGGGACGACAGUGCCCCCUCUGAAGGGGGCAAGGCAACACAGCCUGAGAACACUCAAACCGAUUCAACAGAUUCAACUCCUUCUGAAUCUUCUACACUCAUAGGUGUGUCACCAAACAAAGAGCGUUCUGGCAUGCCAACUCCUUGGAGGCAUCUGGCUGAUGACCAGAACAUCACAUUUGGUCAGAUUGAGUUUGUUCCUCUGUCUCCCUUGUAUAUAGAUAGUGCCCUGUUUGAAGUGGGAGGAUGUGGCAGUCUGUCAGAGAAGGCCUGUGACUGGUCGCUGUGUGCUGGUGACAGGUCGCUGUGUGCUGGUGACAGGUCGCUGUGUGCUGGUGACAGGUCUGUGGCGGGAGAGGCAGAUGUUGUGGCUGAGCAGGUGAACUGCAGCAAGUUGAUCGAUGCCCUGGACAUCCAGAGCCCUGCUCACUUCACACGCAGCAUUGCUGCUGGGGUCCAGUCCACUCCAUACAGAGCUUCAGGGCUGGAAUACUUUCAGGAGCUCAAGACUCCUCUUCCCCCUGUGGGUACAGUGCCUGUAAUGGUACAUGUUGAUGAGGCUGUGGCAUCCCCAGAACCCAGUGCCCACCCCCAGAGGCAGGAACAGCAGCCGGUGGAGCUGCCUUCCCCAGGCACGCUGGAGACCCGCAGGCUAAGGGUGGUAGACCACAUCCAGCGCUUCAACAAGCUCACCCUGUGUUCACCCAAAUCACAGGCCAAAGCAGUCAGGUCCCCCCUCAAGUUCCAGCGUACUCCUGUGCGCCAGUCUAUCCGCAGGAUCAACUCCUUGCUUCGGGACAGGUGGCCUGUACCGGCUGCUAUCACCUCCUCCAUCCAGGUAACCGCCAUCCCUGUGGGAGAGGCUGUCAGCCUGGAGAGUGGCCUGUCUGCUGGGGCUCAGUGCCAGCCUCACCAGGGCCAGGCAGACGGCCAAGGAGGCCCCACACUUGACAAGGUCCACUCCACAAAAACCCGCCCUCCUCCAGUCCCACCCAAGAAGCCAGCCAGCAUCGCCCGCAAACCCAGGAAUUACACUCUAAGCGACGUGACCAACAAGGUACAACUGAAGGCCAAAGGUGACACACCUGUUAAAGACCCAGGAGGUGACGGUGAGAGGUCUGUGGUACAGCAGGUGGCUGAGAAGGAUGUGUGUUACUACAGAGGCUCCCCCAGGAACCCCCUCAACGAGGGCAGACUGCUGUCAGCUACCAAGCCCAUAGACCUCUAGUCUAGUAGAACUCACCCUUCACUAUGCAGGUCUCCCUAUCUGGAUAUAUGCUGUCUCAUUGUAUGGCUUCAAAACAUUCCCUCAAUUUUUAUGUCUUCAGUUGUUUUCAGGGAUUUAAUUUAUUUUACUUCUUAGAUGCUGUUCUUUGAGUGCUUGGGGUGACUGAUCUGUUGCAUUGCCUUAGUAGUUUACUCUGUUGGUAAAAUAGUUUUGCACAUCCAUAUCAGUGUAAAAUAAUGUGUAUUUUUGAAGGUGUUUGUAGUCUGUUAGACUAGUGUUGAAGGCAAUUGCUGAACGGUUGGGUGUAUGGCUUGAAGCUUUUAGAGUUUAAAGGACAACACCACUUUAUAACCAGUUAUUAUGCUGUUAGUAUAUGCCCCACCAUAAGAUCUGAUACAAAUUUUUGUCUGUCAUACUGCACGAUUCCUAGUUUUUGUCAUUUAAGCUUCUGCAUGGCCCUUAUCUACAGUAUACUACAAUUCCCAGGGUGCGUUUCACCUACCAGGAUGCAAUGCUCCGUUGAGUCGGCAGUUAGCUUUACAAGCUUCAUCUGAGUGCAUUUCAUAUUAUAAUGCUUGCAUGUAUAUCAUGCUGAAUAUAUGUUCAUCCCACUGUCACCAAUCAACUGCAUUACACUUAAAUAAUAGAAUGUAGAUGCUAACGAAUGCUAAGCAUAAGUUACUGUAUCUGAUGGUUAGCUAGCAUUCUAGCUAGCCUGACUGCUACAUCCAAAAUAGGUUUUUGCAACAAUAAAAGCUGAGUUUAAUUUUAGCUACUGUAUUAACAGUCCACACAACAUGUAGGCCUGUUAGAACACAUUUAUUAUGCCAUUUACAGGCAAAUCACUAUGGAAUCCUAGUCUCUCAUUUAAGCCUGUAUAUUUUUUGACAUUAGCAAUGCUAGCUAAGUAGCUAUCCCUGUUGCAUUGGAAGUAGUGUGAUCAACAAUAGCUGCCAAAUACAGCCUUAGCAACCAUCCAACAAUAUUAGGCCUAUUGGAACUAAUGAGAAUAUAGGCUAUUUGGAGAUUCAACUUUGUUGAUGGUGGGAGUGGUUUUGCCAAAUGGAAUCAUAGCAAUUUGAGCCUUGAACAACAGAAACACAUUGAUGUAAACUAGCUAUACAUAUCAUUCUAUAGGUUUUUGAGCGGCUAUUUACAGAUGUUAUUAGACGAAGACAACCGAGCAACAUAUGAUCAGAACUAGAUGGGUUAUAUCGAUAGCUGAAAAUGACUGUCCAUUUAUUUUAUUAGUCAUUUCAGGGCUCCUACUUGAAAACAAUUUCUGGUUUUGCGCAUCACUAAACAGUCAAUAUACAUGAAAUCAUAAAGUUACACAGACUGUGUAAGACGUCACUAAAUACUUCAUAACAACCCAAAUGUUAAGUGGCGGAGUUGCCCAUUAAGGUUUUAUUUUUGCUUUUAUUUAUUUUUUCUUUGUGGUCCUAAUUUGCUAAAGGUCUACAAAACUGUUUCCCUACAUCUUUUUAUAUAAUUAAGGGCUAUUUUUUUUACUGUUAAUUUGCUUUGGAUUAAACAUGUGAACUGACCAAGACACUUUUGGGGGGAAUUUAUAAAUUAAACUUGUCAAGCAGUAUUUAUUUAAAGCACCUCUACAUUGCAGUCUGACCAUUUCAAAACUUGUCAUUUUUGUUAAAAAGAAUGAUCCAAACAUUAAAAAAAUGUUUUUCUUAACUUGGGAACAAUUCAUAAUACUGUCUGCACACAUGCUGUUUAGGACAUAUUAUAUAGGGCAGAGUUCCCCAGCUGGCGGAUUUUAAAACACUGUAAAAAACAAAACAAAAAUAACAGUAAAUCCGUUCCAAGUGAUUGUAGUUUUGGAAAUCUGUUCCAAAGUAUUCCCAUGCAUAAUAGAGAGAUAUGAUCAUGUAAAUAAUGAAAGGUUUGACAUGAUUGUUUUAGUCAAAUGUUAUAACUGUUUGGCCACCUGACCAUCCUUCAAGAAAAAAUUGUGCGGAGGCUGAAUCGAGCCAAUCACCUCUGGUAAUUGCAAUUUACUUCCAGAAGGGGGUGUACUAAAAUCACUUGUUGGGGCAGCUGCAAUGUAUACUGAACAAAAAUAUAAAUGCAACAUGAAAUCAUUUUCUAAGAUUUUACUGAGUUAUGUUCAUGUAAGUAAAUUGGUCAAUUGAAAUAAAUGAAUUAGAUCCUAAUCUAUCAAUCUCACAUUACUGGGAUUGCUUUCUAAAUAGACAUAUAGACAAAGAAAACAAUUGGAGCAUUGGCCCUUACCCUAAGAAAGGUAGAAUGAACAUUACUGAGCAAUAGAUGAAGAGCUGCGAGAGACACAUUGCCGUCUCUAGUUUGUUAGCCAUCAUGAAUUGCUUAGAAAGAAGAGUAUAUUCAAGUUCAUAAGAUUAAAAAACUAGACAUCUAUUUUGUGACAAAACUUCACAUUUUAGAGGGGCCUUUUAUUGUCCCCAGCACAAGGUGCACCUGUGUAACAAUCAUGCUGUUUAAUCAGUUUAUUGAUAUGCCACACCUGUCAGGUGGCUGGAUUAUCUUGGCAAAGGAGAAAUGCUCGCUAACAGGGAUGUAAACAAAUUUGUGCACUAAAUUUGAGAUAAAUGUGAUUUUUGUGCAUAUGGAACAUUUCUGGGAUCUUUUAUUUCAGCUCAUGAAACAUGGGACCAACACUUUACAUGUUGCGUUUAUAUUUUUUGUUCAGUGUAGCAUCACUACUGUAUUUCAUAUGAGAUUUAUCUGUGAUUUAUGUGACUGCUUAAUCCAGCAGAUGGUGCCCUGUCUGUCUUUUUGAGAAUGUCUGCCACGUGCUGACACUACUUUCACCUACCAGGGAAAGAGAAGCUUGUGAAGGCAUAUCACUAUUGAUCCAUAGGAAUGUAACAGAAUUUGGAUAACAAAAUUUGUUCAACAUGAUAUCACUAAUUCCUCUCAGUUGAAUCAAAAGCUUGUCUGAUAACCUCAGGCAAAUGACCUUACCACUGCACACCUUUAGCACUGGUAGUGGAAUAUUCAUGAGGACAUCAAUAAAUAAACUAUAGUUGUUAUUGAGGUGUUUAGACCUCAAACAUUAUAGACAGAGGGGAGGGGAUGAGGGGAUAUGUGGAUAUGCUUGAAUACUGCGCAAUGGUCACUAUCUGGAAUAAAAAUCCUGGAUGUAGUGCAUAUGAUGUCCCUAACGACCCACUACACACAUCAGCUAUGUGGUAGUGGAGUAUGGAUGUUUGUUAUCCUAUUAAAAAUAGCCAUUUGUAGAUUGUUUUAUUAUUUGAGACUAAUUUAGGUUAAAAGGGAGACCAUUUUUCACCAUGAUGGCGUGUUAAAUCUGAAAAUAAUAAUUGCACACAAUGAAUCCUGACGAGUUCUGUCAACUAAUUGAAUUGAUUCAGCAAUAGGAAUACCAUCACAUUGCUGGCACGUCAAUUAAUUGCCUUCACACAACACUCACCACAGUCCUGUGCACAACCGUAAUGUGCGCUGCAUGUCUUUUUGUUUGAAAGCCCCUUAUAUUAUCAUGGCUUUGCAUUAUGUUGACGUUGCUGUGAAUAUUGACCGCCAACCAUGUGUUGCGCAGAUGGGGCCAGUAGACCUACAAAUAAUGCAGGACUCUGACGAGCAACAGAGUGUAAAACUCAGGAUUACGGUUAUAACUGCAAACAUGGCCUAAUCAACAAAUCCACUCGUUUCAGAACUCAACAUAUCCUGUGCAGACCUUCAGCAUAGGCGCUGUGCCAGUCAUUUGGCACACGGGUGUGGAUAUGUAUGCCUCAGGAAAAACGCCUGACUACCGAAUAUGAAGUAAAGUUGCCUAAAAUAAUCAAAGGGGUAGAUUACUGUGACUGGUUUAUCCGAUAGAAAAACAUAUUUGUUUUAUUUUUAUAUUCUAAGAUGCAUAGCUAGCAGCUUCUUUGCCAAGGUGAAAUAUGGAUCGUUCCUGUCCUAAACAACGUGUAGGCUAUAACCUAUAGGCCUACUAAAGCUUAAACAUAACACAUAUUGACGCACUGUCUUUGCCCCAUAAUCAAUAAAAGUUUUGUUUAUGAAACGGUCUUAAAAGGUGUAAAUGGACGGGAAUCAAGUGAGACAAAGGAGUCUAUAUGCGGACAUGUCAGGAAUAAAAUGUGACUUGUUUUAUGUUGUUA